UUUUAAAUAAUUAAAAUGGUUAAGGAUGUCCUUUUUGAACCUGUUCGUAAAACACAAGACGCAAUGUUCUUUUAUAAGAAUUCUAAUGAUAUGUGGGUUCCAUGUGGACCGAAACAGCCGGGCGCCGUCGAAAUUACCAUGCAGGAGCUGGCAGCAGAAGGGCUUGCUUCAAAGUCAAACAGCUUUGUGGAAGGAGUGUCACACAAGAUCAGGCGUCAAAUCAAGGAAUUAGAGAGGGUAUCGGGUGUGGAGAGCAAUGCUCUCACUGUUGACGGAGUACCAGUUGAUUCGUACCUCACUAGGUUUGUUUGGGAUGAAGCCAAGUACCCAACUAUGUCACCCUUGAGGGAGACUGUGGAUAGUAUUCAUAGUCAAGUGUCAAAGAUUGAGGAUGAUCUCAAGGUUCGUGUUGCUGAAUACAACAAUGUGCGUAGUCAGCUUAAUGCUAUAAACCAAAAGCAAAGUGGAAGCCUGGCUGUAUGGGAUCUCUCAAAUGUAGUGAAACCAGAGGAUAUAAUUACCUCAGAACAUCUUGUGACUCUCCUUGCAGUUGUUCCCAAGUAUUCACAGAAAGACUGGUUAGCUAGCUAUGAGACUUUGACUAGCUAUGUGGUCCCCAGGUCAUCCAAGAAGUUGUUUGAGGAUAAUGAAUAUGCUCUUUAUACUGUGACGCUCUUUGGACGUGUUGCAGACAAUUUUAGAACAGCUUCACGUGAAAAAGGUUUUCAGAUUCGUGAUUUUGAACAUAGUCCAGAAGCACAGGAGAGUCGGAAGCAGGAGUUAGAAAAGUUAAUUGAAGAUCAGGGAAGUAUGAGAAGUUCUCUUUUGCAGUGGUGCUAUAACAGUUAUGGGGAGGUUUCCUGCCUGUACGUUUUUAGCACCUGGAUGCACUUUUGUGCUGUGCGCGUUUUCACAGAGAGCAUUUUGAGAUAUGGUCUGCCGCCAUCUUUCUUGGCAUGCGUUUUAGCUCCGUCGGUAAAAAGUGAGAAGAAAGUGCGCUCAAUCCUUGAAGGGUUGUGUGACACUGCAAACAGCACAUAUUGGAAAACUGAAGAUGAAGUCGGAGGAGGGGUGGCUGGUCUGGCAGGUGAUGCUGAUUCCCAUCCAUAUGUCUCCUUCACAAUCAAUCUUGUGUGAUCAGUGCUGACUCUGAGUUCAUUAUCUGUUUCGAAGUCAUAGUCCAAGGAUUUUUCUAGACACCAAUAAUAAUGGAAGUGUUUAGUGGUAAUGUAUAUUAAAUUUAGUUGCCCAAUUCUUUGUGUUCAAUUAUAGUUUCAGCUUUGGGAGUUCCAGUGAGUCUGAUGGUACGAGGGUGGAAUCUGUGAGAAAGGUUUGCUCUGUAGAAAUUUGUAUUACAAGAUUUAUAUUAUGAGAUUGCGGGAUCUGCAUUUACAAAGUUGGACAGUAAUGCUCUUGGUGUAUUUUAUAAUAAUGUUAUAUUAAUAAUUUAAAAAUGCAA